AUCCUAUUUCUAAUUUUUGUUUUUUUUUUUCUUUUUUUAACAUAACCACUCUUUUAUUCUUAGUGCAUGAGUGUUUUUAUUAUUUUAUUAAUUUUCCUCUAAUAAGUUUCCAUGUAAUUCCCGUUCCCACUUUGAUUUCUUCGUGAAAUGUUCCCAUCGUUUUCCACCGCUCGAUUUUUCCCACCAAUAUAUAUGUAGUGUACUUUGUAGUAGUAGUAGUAGUGGUAAGGUUAUAGGCCAAGUUGCGAGAGGUGAAAAGGGGAGGGCGUUUUUUGCAAAAAAAAAAAAAAUGGUGUCGAGAUCUUACUCGAACCUUCUAGAGCUGGCCUCCGGCGAGCCCCCCUCCGUCGGCGGCCUCCGCCGCCGCCUCCCCCGCGUCAUCUCCGUCUCCGGCGCCCUCUCCGACCCCGACUCCUCCUCCUCCUCCGACGACGACGACGACCACGACGGUCAUGGCGCCUUCCCCGCUCCUCCUCGCCCCCGCGCCAUCGUCGUCGCCAACCACCUCCCCAUCCGCCUCCUCCGCCGCCGCGGCGGCUCCCCCUCCUCCGGCGAAGGAGUCGCCGGAGACGGGGGAGGAGGAGGAGGAGGAGGAGGAGGGUACGAGUUCGCGUGGGACGCGGACUCGCUGCUCCACCAAAUCAAGGACGCGAUCUCCUCCUCCUCCUCCUCCUCGCCCUCCUCGUCGUCGUCGUCGUCGGAGAUGGAGAUAGUGUACGUGGGGUGCCUGCGGGAGGCGGAGGAGGUGGCGGCGGAGCAGCAGGAGGCGGUGGCGCAGAAGCUUCUGGAAGAGUUCCGGUGCGUGCCGGCGUUCGUGCCGCCGGAGCUCUUCUCGCGCUACUACCACGGCUUCUGCAAGCAGCACCUCUGGGCGCUCUUCCACUACAUGCUCCCCCUCUCCCCCGACCACGGCGCCCGCCGCUUCGACCGCUCCCUCUGGCAGGCCUACGUGUCGGUUAACAAGAUAUUUGCCGACAAGAUAUUGGAGGUCAUCAAUCCCGACGACGACUUCGUCUGGGUCCACGACUACCACCUCAUGAUCCUCCCCACCUUCCUCCGCAAGCGCUUUAAUCGGGUCAAGUUAGGGUUCUUCCUCCACAGCCCCUUCCCCUCUUCGGAAAUCUAUAAGACAUUGCCCGUCCGCGAAGAGCUCUUGCGGGCAAUGCUGAAUUCUGACCUGAUCGGGUUCCAUACGUUCGAUUACGCCCGGCAUUUCCUCUCCUGUUGUAGUAGGAUGCUAGGGAUUCCGUACGAAUCGAAGAGGGGCUAUAUUGGAUUGGAAUACUACGGCCGAACUGUAACAAUUAAAAUCCUCCCGGUCGGAAUCCACAUGGUCCAGCUCAAGUCGGUGCUCGGGCUCCCCGAAACCGAGGCGAAGGUGGCGGAGCUCUUAAGAGAAUUCCGUGAUAAGGGGAAAGUAAUGCUACUCGGUGUGGAUGAUAUGGAUAUAUUUAAAGGAAUAAGCUUGAAGCUACUAGCCAUGGAGGAGCUGCUAAAGCAGCACGGGGAGUGGCGGGGGAAGGUGGUGUUGGUCCAAAUUGCGAACCCGGCACGCGGAAGAGGGAAAGGCGUAACGGAAGUUCAAGACGAGUGCUUUGCGAUGGUUAAGAGGAUCAAUGAUGCUUACGGCGGGCCCGGUUACAAGCCGCUCCAAUUUUACGAAAGAGUUGCUUACUAUGUAGUCGCCGAGUGUUGCUUAGUGACUGCGGUGAGGGACGGGAUGAAUCUUAUACCGUAUGAGUACAUAAUUUCUCGACAAGGAAAUGAGAGAUUAGAUACGGUUUUGGGUUUGAAUUGUUCUACGCCGAAGAAGAGUAUGUUGGUCGUCUCGGAAUUUAUUGGAUGCUCGCCUUCUUUAAGUGGGGCUAUUAGGGUUAACCCGUGGAAUGUAGAGGCGGUGUCCGACGCGCUGGAUUAUGCUUUAGAGAUGUCGGAACCGGAGAAGCAGCUGCGGCACGAGAAGCACUUCCGGUAUGUUAGUACGCAUGAUGUUGGCUAUUGGGCGAACAGCUUCUUGCAAGAUCUGGAGAGGAUCUGUAAAGAUCACUCAACAAGACGGUGUUGGGGGAUUGGCUUCGGGCUUAGGUUUAGGGUUGUGGCCCUCGAUUCAAGUUUCCGAAAGCUAGCCAUGGAGAACAUUGUUUCAGCUUAUAGGAGGACGAAAAUGCGAGCUAUUUUAUUCGAUUACGAUGGUACCUUGAUGCCACAAGCAAAUUCAAUCGAUAAAAGCCCUAGCCCUAAGUCGAUCGAGAUAUUGAACAGCUUGUGUAGAGAUAAGAACAAUGUGGUCUAUCUUGUUAGUGCGAGAAGCCGAAGCACUUUGAGCGAGUGGUUCGCUUCCUGCGAGAAUCUCAGCAUUGCUGCCGAACAUGGCUACUUCCUAAGGUCAAGGAGAGAUGCAGAUUGGGAGACUUGUGUUCCUGUGGCGGAUUGUGGUUGGAAACAAAUUGCGGAGCCCGUCAUGAGAUUGUACACGGAAACUACAGAUGGUUCGACUAUCGAAGACAGAGAAACUUCGCUUGUCUGGUGCUAUGAAGAUGCCGAUCCGGAUUUCGGGUCUUGUCAGGCAAAGGAGCUUCUCGAUCAUCUCGGGAGUGUGCUCGCCAAUGAGCCGGUUUCGGUAAAGAGCGACCCACACAUUGUCGAGGUUAAACCGCAGGGUGUGAGCAAAGGCCUAGUAGCACAUCAUCUGCUCGCGACCACGAAAGAGAGGAGCUUAUUGCCGGACUUUGUGCUUUGUAUUGGGGACGACAGGUCGGACGAGGAUAUGUUCGAGGUCAUAAGCACCGCGGCCGAGGGGAGUUCCCUAACGCCCACGGCCGAAGUGUUUGCGUGCACGGUCGGUCGGAAACCCAGCAAAGCAAAGUAUUAUCUCGACGACACGGCCGAGAUAGUUCGGCUUAUGCACGGGCUAGCUUCUGUCUCAGAACAAGCUCAUUUAAGCUCACAAGCUCAUUUAAGCUCGACGCCGGAGUAAUACUCUUCCUCAUUUCUUUUCGAUUUUUUCUUUUUUCCUCUGCAUUGGCUUGUAAUUGUAUUGUAUCCUCUUUACCCGUAUCUACUUGUAUGAGUUAUUAAAUCAGUUUUUGAUGUAUAUAGAUUGCGCUUUUCAAGCUAUUGGUUAUUAUUACUAAAAAUGUAAAAGACAUUUACUUUUGAUUUUUGUGGUGAAAAAUAUGUUUAGAGAGCUCUUUGUAGGCUGUUUUAUGUGGAUGAGCAAAACAAAUGGUGUUUAA